AAAACGCUUCCGGGUGAGAGUAGGAAGAGGCCUCCGCUGAUUGGUGGGCGUUCAAUUUGCUACAUUGCAUCGACCAAUAGAUGAGCCUAGAGAUUGUUUCACAGUCCAAUCGGAGUCAUUGGAACGUUGAACUGGAUGGGAUUGCGCGCCCUGAAACUGACAAGGGAGCAGGCUUGACAAUGAACCUGUUGCCCAAGUGCUCAAAGGAGUUCAAUUCUGCUGAAUAUUGGGAAACAUUCUUCAAGAAACGGGGUGGAAAUGCCUUCGAGUGGUAUGGGACCUACGUGGAUCAUUGCGCUGUGCUGCACAAGUAUAUUAAGCGUAACGAUAAGGUGCUGGUGGUGGGCUGUGGCAACUCUGAGCUGAGCGAGCAGAUGUAUGACGUGGGCUACCAGAGCAUCACCAAUAUCGACAUCAGCCCAGCCGUGAUCAGCCACAUGAAGGAACGCAACCGGGCCCGCCGGCCGGCCAUGGCCUUCGCCAAGAUGGACGUGGGGCAGAUGGAGUUUGCCGACUCCCAGUUCCAGGUGGUGCUGGACAAGGGCACCCUGGAUGCCAUCAUGACGGACGAGAGCGAGGGAACGCUGCGCAAAGUGGAGGAGAUGUUCGGGGAGAUCGGGCGGGUCCUGCGUCUGGGCGGGCGGUUCCUGUGCAUCUCACUGGCCCAGGAGCACAUCGCCAGGAAGGCGGUGAGAUACUUCAGCCAGCAGGGCUGGCCCGUCAGGGUCCACGCGGUGGGAGAGCGGGCCGAGGCCGGCGGCGGGCAGUUCGUGAUGUUCACCUUCGUCUUCACCAAGUUCAAGAAGCUCCCCGGAGGCGGGCAGGGGAUCCUGGAGAUGUGCGGGGAAGGCGGAGACCAGGAGAAGCCUCUCCGGCUGGAGAGCGUGGAGCAGCUGCUGGAGGCGGUGAAAGAGCGGCAGCGUUACGCCCUCCUCCGAAACCAUCUGACCAAGGGCUCCAGCGGCGGCGAGAGCCUGUCCCUCACCCUCUGCGAUCGGCAGUCGGGCAAACCUCGCUACUCCAUCUACGUUGUUGAUCAGCCCUCCAUCAAGCCCGCACGUGCAAACAACUUCGCCAUCUUCAUAGUUCCGCAGGGCAGAGAGGCCGAGUGGAUCUUUGGGACGGAUGAGGGUCGCAAACAGCUCGGCAGAAGCGCUGACUUCAAGCGUCUGCUGGUGGUGUCUCUCCACCGUGACCAACACUACCAGAGCAUGGAAGCCAUUCAGUCCGAGCUAUCGGGGAAGGUGAUGGAGUUGGCUCCUUCUGGACUUCCACCAGGUCAACAGGUCCCGUUUCUUUCUGUCGGCGGCGAUAUAGGGGUCCGCAAAGUCCAGCAUCGUGGCGUGAGUGACGCCAGUGGCGAGUACGUCAUUGAAGACGUCAAGGGAGAAGACGGCAACUACUAUCGGCACCUGGUGUUCCUCAGCAACGUCAAUGUGGUGCAGUCGGAGAGUAAACUAUUGCACCCUGCCUCCAAGUCAGGUAAUUCAACACAAAAAAAGAAAAAGAAAGACAAGAGGAAAGGGCGCUUAUGCUCGGAAGUUGAGAAAACUCCGAGUUCAAUGCCUGGACAAGUUAUUGACAAAAGCUACCUCUGCUGCGAUCACCAUCGAGUCAUGAUUGCUGGCCUGGUCUUUCUCCGUAGAAAAGGUGGUUUUCAUGCCGAUGCCGGGAUCUCCCUGCUGGUGGUGGGCCUUGGCGGAGGGAGCCUCCCAUUGUUCAUCCACGACUACUUCUCCCAAUCGACCGUCGACACCGUUGAGAUCGACCCUGAGGUAGUGGAGGUGGCCACCAAGUGGUUUGAAUUUACCCAGGACGAUCGGAUGCGGGUGAUUGUGGCUGAUGGCUUGCACUAUAUACGUACCCUUGCAGACAGUGGGAGUGGCUCCUAUGAUGUUGUCAUGUUUGAUGUGGACAGUAAGGACACAACCCUCGGAAUGAGUUGUCCACCACCAGCUUUUCUAGAGCAGGCAUUUCUCCAGAAAGUACGAAGUCUUUUGGCUCCUCAAGGCCUCUUUGUUCUAAAUCUGGUGUGCAGAGAUCGUGCACUGAGAGAGAAGGCAGUGGAGGUCAUCAAAUUGGUCUUCCCUCUUGUUUGCCUGCAGAAGAUCGAAGGCGAGGUAAAUGAAAUUUUGUACUGCCAAUUGUCCACGGAGCUGAAAGCUGUUUCUAAAGACCUCCUGGAGGCUGGUCAGAUAUUGGAGGAUGAUCUAAAGAAAACUGGCAAACACUGGGACCAAACCUAUAGACUCGCAGAGAUGUUGGAGAAGGUUACAAUCGUGUGACAAUUUCUGGAUCACUGGAUUAAGAUACACAUGAAAAGAUUUAUAUUUAUUAUUUCUAUUGUUUUUUAUUGUCGAUAAAUUCUGGACUUGGAAGCCUUCAAAUUUCCUGCACCAUUCGUAAACCUCUCUGAAUAUGUAUGCUCCUGGUACAUUAUCUGCUGCUCAAAUUGUGUUUAAACAACAAAGUAUAUCUCGUAGGUAUACAAAAAUACUGGAGAAACUCAGCGGGUGCAGCAGCAUCUAUGGAGCGAAGGAAAUAG